AUAGUAACAGGUGAGUCUUCAGCGUUUGGCACACGUGUAAACGUGAAUCGGACGAAAGAAAAUUUGGUUUGACCAAUCAACCAAUCAUCCCGAAGACAUUGUUCUUCCAUUGUUCUAGAUCCAUCAGUCUUGAAGAAAGACCAAGAUGGACUUUCAGAAUAGAGCAGGAGGCAAGACGGGAGGAGGAGGGGUUGCCUCUGAGUCCGAGAGUAACCGAGACAGGAGGGAACGACUCAGGCAGUUGGCCUUGGAAACAAUCGAUCUAAACAAGGAUCCUUAUUUCAUGAAGAAUCAUCUGGGUUCUUAUGAAUGCAAGCUGUGCCUGACUUUACAUAAUAACGAAGGGAGCUAUCUGGCCCAUACACAGGGCAAGAAGCAUCAGUCUAAUCUAGCAAGGAGAGCAGCGAAAGAAGCCAAGGAUGCUCCAGCCCAGCCAGCUCUGCUAGAGAAGGCAAAAGUAGACAUCAGAAAGUUUGUCAAGAUUGGACGACCUGGAUACAAAGUGACAAAGCAACGGGAUUCAAACUCGGGUCAACAGAGUCUUCUGUUCCAGAUUGAUUACCCGGAAGUUGCUGAGGGUGUGAACCCCCGUCACCGGUUCAUGUCUGCGUAUGAACAAAGAGUGGAACCCCCUGAUAAGAAAUGGCAGUACCUGCUGUUUGCUGCAGAGCCUUAUGAGACCAUUGCUUUCAAGGUGCCCAGCCGUGAAGUGGACAAAGCGGACAGUAAAUUCUGGACCUCCUGGAACAAGGAAACGAAGCAGUUUUUCUUACAGUUCCAUUUCAAGAUGGAACCAAAGCCGAUGCAAAAUUCAAAUGAUGGCCCCGGAGCCGGACCUCGUUUCAGAGGCCCUCCACCAUCCGACGAUCGCCAACAAGGACCACCGCGUCCCGACAUGCGUGGCCCUCCUCCACCCCUACGAGGUGGCCCGCCGCCCCCAGAAGGUUUCCGUGGCCCUCCGCCGAGAUUCGGGGGACCACCCAGACCCCCUGGACCUCCCGAUGGUUUCCUAGGUCCAAGAGGUGGUCCUCCUCCGCGCCAUCUCAUGGGUGGACCCCCACCUCAGAUGAGGGGUCCCCCUGAGCCUCCAGGUGUGCCAACCUCAGGACCACCCAGCUUGAUGGCACCGCCUCCUAAACCCCCCAUACCACCCCCAUCGAUAGGCCCCCCUUCAAUAGGUCCCCCAUCGAUGGGUCCCCCAGCAUUAGGCCCUCCAUCGAUGGGCCCCCCAUCGUUGGGUCCACCAACCGGUCAGGAUCUCCCGCCGGGUAUGGAGCGACCUCCAAUGAUGGCCAUACCUCCCCCGCCACCUCCCGUGUUUUCAACCUCGGGAGGCACCUCUCUUCCACCCCCUCCUGUACCUCCUCCCAAUAUGCCUCCGCCUCCCAUGUUUGGCAUGAAGCCCCCUCCAAUGCCCCCUGGGUUUCCUGGAGUUCCCCCACCCAAUUUGAUGUCGGGUGGGCUACCCUUACCGGUACCACCUCCUCCUCCCCCGACACCCAUGGCACUCCUGAAGAGCUUCCAGGAACAAGAUGAUGACGAUGAGAAUUAGAUGAAAAUACAAUUGUGUAAAGUGAAUUGCCCGUUAAAGGCACUGGACACGUUUGGUAAUAAGUCAAAGACCAGUACAUGUAUGUAUUCUCACUUGGAGUAUCCCAACAUAUGAAUAAAAUUUAGUAAAAAAUGUGAACAUUCUCUGAGAUAAUUCUCUGUGAAAAAUUGGCCUAUUUGCUCAUCGAAUUUGCAAGAGACUUAAGAGAGAAAAAAACACUCUUGUUGCAUUACUUUGUGUGAUUCCAAAUGCAUA